AUGCUCGAUGCUCUAGGAGACAUGGGCCUGGACUCCUCCCAGCUAGAAGACCUGCUAAUGGCCACAGCAUCAGCAAAGAAAACACUGCAUCUGGUCAACCGCGUGUUGGACCUGGCGAAGCUGGAGGCAGGCAAGGCGGUGGUGGAUGAGACGGUGAUUGACGUGCGGAAGUGGCUGGAUGCUGCGUUGCACUGGCACGUGGAGGCAGCACGCUCCAAAGGCAUUGAAUUGAGCGGCAGUGUGUGCGACGACUGCCCGGUACAUGUCAUUGUGGACCCCUUGCAUCUCAGCAAUGCGCUCAAGGAGAUCACAGGUGCGCCUUGGGUUGAGACGUGGGCGGGUGGUGGUGGGAUGAUGAUGUGUGUGCUAGAAAACAUGAGUAUGUAG